UAAUCCCAGGAUUGUAUUUGGGCUCAGGCUUAUGUGCACAUGUGACGCUUUAAAGGCACCUUUGUAAUCCUUUAUUCUCAUCCACCUGCGGACACUGUGAGGAGGACAGAGGGAUUACACACGUUGCUGGAGACAAUACCGCAUCUUUAUCAGCCAUGGUGGACGCAGCCACAGCUGAGCAGUUCCUGGACGCCAACCCGCAGUUCGCCAAGCACUACUACGACGUCAACUUCAGGCCCAAGGUGGUCUCGGACCUGCUAGACAACAACCGCAGGACGGCGGUGGACGUCAGCAAGUAUCAUGAGCUGAGCAUGGUGGAGGAGAGCGAGGUGCUCUUCGACCUGGUGCGGGACAUCCAGGACAACCUGCAGAUGGAGAAGUCCGUCUUCAACCUGAUGAGGCACCUCAGCUUCAUGAUGAGGGCCGACCGCAUGAGCCUCUUCAUGUACCGCCAGAGGAACGGCGUGGCCGAGCUGGCCACCAGGUUGUUUAACGUGCAUAAAGAUUCCGUGUUCGACGACUGCUUGGUGCAGCCUGACAGUGAAAUCGUCUACCCGCUGGAUUUGGGCAUCGUUGGUCACGUGGCCUCCAGCAAGAAGAUGGUCAACGUGCCCGAUGUGUCCCAGAGUCCUCACUUCAGCAAGUUUGUGGACGAGCUGACCGAGUACACCACAAAGAACGUGCUGGCCGUGCCCAUCAUGAACGGCAAAGACAUGGUGGCCGUCAUGAUGGCCGUCAACAAGAUGGACGCACCACACUUCACCGCCAAGGAUGAAGAGACCUUGAACAAGUACCUCAACUUUGCCAACCUGGUCCUGAGAGUUUUUCACCUGAGCUACCUGCACAACUGUGAGACCAGGAGGGGACAGGUGCUGCUGUGGUCGGCCAGCAAGGUGUUUGAGGAGCUGACGGACAUCGAGAGGCAGUUCCACAAGGCCCUGUACACCGUGAGAGCCUUCCUCAACUGUGACCGCUACUCCGUGGGCCUGCUUGACAUGACCAAAACAAAGGAGUUCUUUGACCUCUGGCCCGUCUUGAUGGGGGAAGUUCCUCCAUACGACGGACCCAAAACCCCUGAUGGCAGGGAAAUUAUCUUCUACAAAAUCAUUGACUACAUUCUCCACGGCAAAGAGGACAUCAAAGUCAUCCCGAAUCCUCCGGCAGAUCAUUGGGCUCUGGUCAGCGGCUUGCCAACAUACGUAGCAGAAAACGGACUGAUUUGCAACAUAAUGAACGCCGCCGAGGAUGAAUUUUUCGACUUUCAGAAAGAACCUCUGGAUGAGUCUGGCUGGACCGUGCGGAACGUUCUGUCCAUGCCCAUCGUCAACAAGAAGGAGGAGAUUGUGGGCGUGGCCACAUUCUACAACAGGAAAGACGGGAAGCCUUUUGAUGAAAUGGAUGAAACACUGAUGGAGUCUCUGACUCAGUUCCUGGGCUGGUCGGUGCUGAACACGGACACCUACGACAAGAUGAACAAGCUGGAGAACAGGAAGGACAUCUUCCAGGACAUGGUGCUCUACCACGUCAAGUGUCGCAAGGAUGAAAUCCAGAACGUGCUGAACACCCGCGAGAGAUGGGGGAAGGAACCGGACGAGUGUGAAGAGGAGGAGCUGGAGGAGAUCCUGUCGGAAGUUCUUCCCAAGACCAAGAAAGUGGAGAUCCUGGAGUUUCACUUCUGUGACUUUGAGCACAGCGAGUUGGACCUGGUCAAGUGCGGCAUCAAGAUGUACUACGAGCUCAAAGUGGUUGACAAGUUUCACAUCCCCAGAGAGGUCCUGGUGAGGUUCAUGUACUCCCUCAGUAAAGGCUACAGGCAGAUCACCUACCAUAACUGGAGACAUGGAUUCAACGUUGGACAGACAAUGUUUACUCUGCUCAUGACAGGCGACCUGAAGCGUUACUACACGGACCUGGAGUGCAUGGCCAUGGUGACCGCCGGCUUCUGUCACGACAUCGACCACCGAGGCACCAACAACCUCUACCAGAUGAAGUCUGGAAAUCCUCUGGCAAAACUUCACGGCUCGUCCAUCUUGGAAAGGCACCAUCUUGAAUUUGGCAAGACACUGCUGAGAGAUGAGGCAUGUUGUAGCACACACACACACACACACAUUCAUGUAAAAGUGUUUUUAUUACGUACGCGUCCCGCUUUUCAGUCGUUGAACAUCUACCAGAAUCUGAACCGCCGCCAACACGACAUCGUCAUCCACCUCAUGGACAUCGCCAUCAUCGCCACGGACCUGGCGCUCUACUUCAAGAAGAGGACCAUGUUCCAGAAGAUCGUGGACCAGUCCAAGACCUACGAGAACUGGAACGACUGGACCAAGUACAUGAUGCUGGAGACCACGCGCAAGGAGAUCGUCAUGGCGAUGAUGAUGACGGCCUGCGACCUGUCGGCCAUCGCCAAGCCCUGGGAGAUCCAGAGCAAGGUGGCGCUGUCUGUCGCUGCUGAGUUUUGGGAGCAAGGAGACCUGGAGAGGACCGUCCUGGAACAACAACCCAUUCCGAUGAUGGACAGAAACAAAGCAGACGAGCUUCCAAAGCUCCAGUGUGGCUUCAUCGACUUUGUCUGCUCGUUCGUUUACAAGGAGUUCAGCCGUUUCCACGUGGAGAUCACGCCCAUGCUGGACCGCCUGAUGAACAACAGGAAGGAGUGGAACGCUCUGAAGGAGGAGCACGACGCCAAGAUGGCCGUCAUCGAGGCGGCCAGGAAGGCCAAGGAGGAGGCGGCGGGGAAGGCCGCUGCCGCCAGACAAGCGAGUGCGGCCCAGUCAAAGACAUGUGCUCUCAGCUAGCGUGGCGCCAUCUACUGUACCAUAAAGAUUAGUCUGCCUGUAACUUUACUGUAUCGUCAGGAUACCACAACUAUUCCAUAUGAUUACACUCACUGUAUCAAUAAUACAUCCUAAAAUAAGGACUAGUGUACCUCUAGUAUGCACUAAACAUUAGGCUGUGUUCAAAGGAUUGGGUCACGUUGUAUAGUUGCAGCUUUGUGCACUUUAUUUAGUUAUUGAAAUAUACUGUAUUUAUACCUGCUUACCAAAGAGUAGUAAAUGAUGCUAUUUUCAUAAUGAAACAUCUUUGUUGUAUUCUGGCAUAUUUAAGACUUUAAAGACUACAUUCUACGACAUGCUACAUUCAACAAGCUACAUUUAACUAGUUGCUACAUUCAUCUAGAUGCUACAUUUAACUAGUUGCUACAUUCAACAAGGUGCUACAUUUAACUAGAUGCUACAUUUAACUAGGUGCUACAUUUAACUAGAUGCUACAUUUAGGUGCUACAUUUAACUAGGUGCUACAUUUAACUAGAUGCUACAUUUAAGUAGAUGCUACAUUUAGGUGCUACAUUUCACCAGGUGCUACAUUUAACUAGAUGCGACAUUCAACUAGGUGCUAAAUUCAACUAGAUGCUACAUUUCACAUCGAUGAUACAUUUAACUAGAUGCUACAUUCAACAAGGUGCUACAUUUAACUUGAUGCUACAUUCAUUUUGAUACUACAUUCAACUAGAUGCUACAUUAAACUAUGUGCUACAAUUGCCAAGGUGCUACAUUCAACCAUGUGGUACAUUCAUCUAGGUGCUAUGUUCAACUAGAUGCUACAUUCACCAAGGUGCUACAUUCAACUAGAUGCUACAUUCAACAAGGUGCUGCAUUCAGCUAGGUGCUAUAUUCAACUAGAUGCUACAUUCAACAAGGUGCUGCAUUCAGCUAGGUGCUAUAUUCAACUAGAUGCUACAUUAAACUAUGUGCUACAUUCACAAAGAUGCUACAUUAAACUAGAUGCUACAUUAAACUAUGUGCUACAUUCACAAAGAUGCUACAUUAAACUAGGUGCUACAUUUAACUAGAUGCUACAUUUAAGUAGAUGCUACAUUUAGGUGCUACAUUUCACCAGGUGCUACAUUUAACUAGAUGCGACAUUCAACUAGGUGCUAAAUUCAACUAGAUGCUACAUUUCACAUCGAUGAUACAUUUAACUAGAUGCUACAUUCAACAAGGUGCUACAUUUAACUUGAUGCUACAUUCAUUUUGAUACUACAUUCAACUAGAUGCUACAUUAAACUAUGUGCUACAAUUGCCAAGGUGCUACAUUCAACCAUGUGGUACAUUCAUCUAGGUGCUAUGUUCAACUAGAUGCUACAUUCACCAAGGUGCUACAUUCAACUAGAUGCUACAUUCAACAAGGUGCUGCAUUCAGCUAGGUGCUAUAUUCAACUAGAUGCUACAUUCAACAAGGUGCUGCAUUCAGCUAGGUGCUAUAUUCAACUAGAUGCUACAUUAAACUAUGUGCUACAUUCACAAAGAUGCUACAUUAAACUAGAUGCUACAUUAAACUAUGUGCUACAUUCACAAAGAUGCUACAUUAAACUAGGUGCUACAUUCAACUAUGUGGUACAUUCAACAAGGUGCUAUGUUCAACUAGCUGCUACAUUCACCAAGGUGCUACAUUAAACUAGGUGCUACAUGACACAAGAUGGUUUUUAUGGGUGUGGCCAUUAUUCACGGUUGGCCCUUCCCCCCGGGGUGUCUUGGAAGCCCCACGAAUAGCGAGGAUCACUUGACCCAAAAACACACAUUAGUGAAAAUAAAUUUAGGAGAGAGCUGAAAAACGUCAAUCACGCCACGCGAGUAUCAGUCUGACACGGAUCCAACCCUUGAUGCUUUGGACCUUACUUCAUUGGCUUUAGAGGCGUCUCAACACUGGUCUUACUUCUUCUUUUGCAAGGCGUAGGUGAGAACAUAGCUCAACUUGACAGGCUUAUUGCCAUGAAAGCAGAUGUUUGCAUCAACAGUUGUUGUUUUGCAGCGUAAAGACACAGUGAAGUAGUAUACAGGUGUGGUGUUGCACGUGUGACUCACUAAAAUGUGUUCUUACCUGCCGCUGGUAUUUUCCUCGGGCGUGUAGUUUACUUUUAUUAAAGUGGUUUUGUUGCUGUAAAUCCACCAUGCAGCCCGCAUGCUCAACACAACAUGCCCCAUUUGCAAAAGUCACUAAGAUCUUAACCAAUCGUAUUUAAAGAAGGAAGAAACGUGGCGUCUCUGGGCUGAGACGCGGCUUGUGUUUUGACAACAACCAUAGGGAUUAACGCUGCAACUGUCUGCAUGUGCAUUUGUUUGACCACUCUUGGAACACCACACCCUUCUUACUAAGACUCACGGGAAGGCGCUGGAAG